AUGGUACGUCCAAAGUGGGAGAACCGACCAGAUGACCAGGCAAAACUUCAAGAUUUUAUCGACAGACUUCUGAAUUCCUCUGCCUCAGAUGGUGUGAAGGACUUGCUGAGACAUGAGAAGCAGCGCGACUUAGAUAUUAUCUCUAUUGACAACUUCAACAUGAAGAGUGUGAUAGACAAGGUCGCAGCAGCUCUUCACCAAAGAGGAAACCUCGUGUUGCCGCGCCCAACUGGUCGCUUUAGAGAAAAGGCAGAAAUAUGGGAAUCAGAAUUACGGAAGCUUGACGAACGGAACAUGAGAGAGUUGCAAAAUUGCCCAGUCACCGAUCUCCAUGGAUCGUUCCAAGUUUUUAAGGAACAAGAGACACGUGCAUGGGGAUUGCACCACGAAUAUGACAUGCCUACACAAUUAGUUGAGCCAUCUGGAAGUUUGGACUCAUCUCUUUCCUGGCGUAUGAAUCAGCUAUGGAACUUCUCACUGGGCUUGGAGAAGAGUGAAAUAGCCGACCUGACAGCCAACGGGUUCCGGGUUCCGGGUACCAUCCUGAUAAUCUGCUCUUCCACCAUAUCCACCAUCGUAACAAUGGGUCCAACACAUGGCAAGAAGGCGACUAUCCCGAAGAAGUUUUGGAAUGCCAUGAGCAAUUCUCUGACAAUAUUUCAAGCUCGAUGA